UCAGAGAGGCACAGGUCAAAAAGGAGGACAGAGCCUCUGGCCAGGGAAGUGGCAUGAACUGAGUGUGUGGGGACCACAGAAGCACAGGUCAUUGGUUAGAGCCCAGCUUACAAGAGGAAGAGGGCCGUGGCAGAACAGCAGAGUAGCAGGAGUGACCACCCCAGCCACAGCGUCACCCCCAGAGAACCAGGCAGUGGGGCCUGCAUUCCUGGACUCAGAAACCAUGAUCAGACCCCGGGGGCUGCCCCUGCUCCUCCUCACCAUCCUGUUGGCCAGCAUAGACCCAGCCAAAAACACGUCAAAUGUUUUGAGGCCAUUCAAAUCUGUCGAGUUCUCAGAUGCAAACAUGAGGCAAUGCCUGUGGUUUGCCAUGGAAGAAUACAACAAAGAAAGUAAGGACGAAUACAUCUUCCUCUCAAGCCAGAUCUUGCAGGCCCAGCUGCAGCUCACAGACCGCAUGGAAUACAUGAUCGAAACAGAAGUUGCCCGCACCAAUUGCACGAGGCCCUACAGCAACAACGAGAUCUGUGUUAUCCAAGAGAACACCAACCUGGAAAAGAAAAUGAAUUGCAUCUUUUUGGUGGGAGCACUUCCCUGGAAUGGAGAUUUCUUGAUGUUGAUGAAGGACUGCUCAGAAAUCUAAGCCUCAGUGUGGUCUGGAGCCUGGACAACACCCCACCCCACGUUUUCCUGAGAUAAAAACAAGGGUGGUAUCAGCUGUCAUCACGCACUUUCC